UUGCAAGUGUAAAAUAAACACAUCAGAGCGUCCUAGGAGAUCAAGAUACAAGUUUGUGUUUACUGAGCUCCUCCCUGCAAUAUAAUCCAGAAGUACAAUCUCACUCUAGUCUUACUUCUUUCACAAUUGAGUCAGGACUAUUCUCCGAUAAUAACUGCAAACCAGUUACUUGUCACUAUUUUAAUGGCUGGGAAACCUGGGAAGCUUAUUAAAUCAAAAUCUCAAGAGUUGCUGGACUUGCCAUCAAGCUCAAAUGGGUUGGCCUCAAAAAUGAAGAAAGUAUUUCAAAGCUCUCCAACUCCAAAGAAGAAACCAAGAGCCCAAUCUUUAAACAAUGCCAGUAAAGUGUUUGGUGUGCCAUUGAAACAGUUACUGGAUCAACCUGCACAAAGUGAAUCGCGGAAAAUCUCACUGCCAGCUAAACAUUUCUCAGCCAGUAAUGGGCCACAUGCUAUACCACCUGUGGUGGUAAAGAUUGUUAAUCACAUUGAGAAACAUGGAUUGGAUCAAGAAGGUCUGUAUAGGAUCAAUGGUAAUAGCAAGCUUGUGGAGAAGUUAAGGAUCCGUUUUGAUAAUGAUGGAGAUGUUGAUUUGACUGAUGUUGAAAUAUACUCGAUUGGAAGUCUCCUGAAAUUGUUUCUGAGGCAACUGCCAGACCCAUUAGUCCCUGAUCCUGUUGUUGAUUGUGUUGUAAAGCUACAAGAGACUAUAACUGGGUCCUACACACCUGUGGAGAUUAAGAAAGUCAAAGACAUAUUAACUGCUCUACCAAAGGAUCAUUACCGGCUUUUGAAGUAUCUUUGUGCUCAUCUUUCACUUGUUGCAGAACACACUGGAAGCAAUAAGAUGACUGCAGUAUCGCUAUCGAUUGUAUUUGGCCCAAACAUAUUCAGGUGUGGGGAUCAACUUAGCGAUAUCAAGAGACAGGGAUACGCUAAUUCUGCUUUUGCUCAAAUGAUACUCCACUACAGAAUCAUAUUUGAUGAGAAAGUGCAUGUACAUGAAGAGAACAAUCUGAGGGCAAUCAGUGAAUCAUCUGAUGAUGUAUUCCUUCCCUCAGACUCAAGAAAGAAAAAGAAACCUGAACUCCCUCAACCUUAUCAUGUUCAUAAGAACGCUAAAACAAACCUCACUUUCUCUCUGUCUUGUCCUAGCAGUCCUAAUCAUGAGACAAGUCUUGAUUCUGACAUACACGUAUACGAGACAGUAGCACGAGUACCACUAAAUGACACAAACAAUGAUGAAUCUGUCUCACCCCAUGAAAGAAGUAUUGACGAAGCUAUUGAGGAAGCUGAGAACCAUGAAGAAAAGACAAGAAAGAGAGCACAGUCAGAAUCAAUUGCUGUGGCUAGUAAAAGUAAAUCAUUAAGUGAUGACAUACUAAUAAGUAGAGUACCCUCUCCUCUCUCAUGGAACUCUAAGAGCAGUAUGGGGACCAGUCCACCAACCUCACCUAAUGUAACCCCACGGACAUCACAAGCGUACAAUACGCUUAUUGGUGACAGCAUUCAAGAUCAUUUGUUCCAAUCGCCUGAGACUUCCUCCCCUCCUCCUCCUCUUCUUGUCACAACUAAUGCUCUUAUUCCACCUUCAUCUUCUGAAGAUACAACCACAACCACCACCAGCAGUAACAGUGCCGAUAUGUUAUACAAGGCAAUACCGACGUCAUCUGAAGGUACAACAGAUACAGCUGUUAGCAGUGAGAGUGUGGUGCAGAUGAGAGAGGAGCCUGGUUUCACGAGACGAAAGAAGUCAGUUAGGAACAGGAAGAGUGCUGUGUUUAGUAGUGAUAGAGACCCUGACAAUACAAUACAACUGGUCACUGUUAAAGGAAAGGAAGAAGAAGGAGUUGACACAGAAGAAAAAGAAAAAGAAACUACUUUUGAUAAUGGAAAAACUACUGUAGAAGGGUCUUUUAAUAUAAAGAGUAUCAGGGAUAGCUUUGAAAAGAAAGGAUUACUCUAUCAGUUUGGAGCUGCUCCAGCUCGACAUAGUAAAGAUGAUGAUCAUGUUUCAGUGAAGGAAGAGGCCAAAGAGAAGCCUCCGCCACCUAAAGUGCCGGAGAAACCCAAAAUAGGGAGACAGGCUCUGGGCUCAUACACGGCUCAUGACUUUGAUUAUGUGACAAGACAAAUUAAAACACUAGAUAUUCAUCCAACAAAGCAAAGAGCAAGAGGCCCUAAAAGAGCAAAACCAUCAAGGCAGUCAAGUUCCUUUUUAGUCUCAGAGGAUGCAGUCAAUGAUUCCUAUACUAAUAAAAUAUCAUCAAUGGAUGUGAUUGAGGAAAUUAAUCUGCCACCUCCUUCCUCUAGCUUAAGCAAUGAACCUACCUCAACUGCAAAUUAUUCAGUACCAGCAAUGAGUGAUGUGACACCAGUAUCAAGUCAUGUAGCACCAGCAAUUGGUUCUAUAUCUGGUAUAUUGAGUCCAGCUAAAGAAACAUUAUCUAUUAGCCAGUCAACAAUACCAGUUGCCGACCAACCAUAUUCUACUGUUGCAGUUUCUACCCCACCCAGCCAAACGACUGUUUUUGCAAGUAAUAUGACUACUAGUCAGCACGUGACUGCCUCAACUGCUACUGUGACCGUAGUAAUGCCUCUGAGUCACACAUACACCAGUGCAUCCAAUAACUUAUCAAUGCCUUUAUUGUUGACUGGGAGUACUAAUGUCAUAUCACAUACAACAGAGCUAUCAUCAUCGCAUACUGCAGCUGUAGUAUCUACUUCUCCUGUUAGCGGCAUAGCGCCUGUUAAUGUACACAAGAAACCAAUUGUUCAAAAUGGAGAAAAAAUUGAACCAAAAGAAAAGGUGACCCCGUUGCUAAUACCAGCCGGAUGGACGAGUGACUCAAGUCAGAUUGAGUCAUUAAAUUAUGAUGAACUAAUAAUAGAAGCAAGAAGGCUGAGAGAUAUUUUAAAAUCGCAUGAAAGAGAAUUUUUAAAGAAGCAUCAACGCAAACCAAGAAAUGAUGAGUAUGAUCAAGUGACUAAAGAGAAAGCAUUACUUACAGCAAUAAAGCAAAGAAUAAGAACUCUGAGAUCAAAUCAAGUCCCACUAAAUAAAACAUCACUUCCAACAGUACAAGAAAAUUAUUCUGAGCAGUUUAUAAGUCAGUCAUCAACAAGACUGGAUGAUUUUGAUGAAUCGAAAGUUGCCACUAGCUUAAGAAGAAAGGAAACAGUUUCUAAACCAGUUCGAAGACAUCAGUCAUUAGUAGUUGGGUCAUCUCACGGUGCCAUUACCCAAGAGAACCCUUUAUGUUUGAUAAUGCAAAGUAUAACUGCAUCACUGGAAGAGAAGAGACGUAAAGCAGGAAGAACUAAUGAUUUAAAAAGUAUGACACCUGAUGAGCUCAUGCAAGAGAAGCACUUAGUGCAAAAGACACUGCUUCAGUUUGAAAAGAGGCACGGAAGACCACAAAGUCCAGAGAGUAAGGCAAUCAUGAGGCCACUAUAUGAUACGUACAGAGAAAUUAAAAGACUUGUCCAGAAAAAUCAACAUCACGAAGUAGUAGAUAGUCCAACAAUAGCGGGCAAAAGAGAUAAUAGCUUGUGGUCGGAUACAAUGUUGCAGCAAACUUUAUCCCCUGAUCUAAAGCUACCAGAAACACCACAUCAACAACACUCUUUCUUUGCAGGGAGAGAAGGAAAAGAAAGGCUUACUUCAACGCCAAUAUCCAAAUCCCAUAAAUCACUUAAUCGGAAAAGUGCUAGUACAAGUUGUGUACCACUCACUGAACAUGAUAAAAAGGUUUGGAUGAGCAACGAUCAGCUACAAAAAGCAUCAGCACACGAACUUAGAGUGCAGUUGGAGUUGGCACAGACCAGAAAGAGAGAGCAAAGGCAGCAGCUAAGAGCAUUUGAGACUGAGUUUCAAGAAAGAGAAAAGAGGCCUGUCCAGCAUGAUGACAAGAGAAAGCUAAUGCACAAUGAGUACAUACAGUACAAGGAGUUAAAAAAUAGAAUAUCACAGCUGGAACAAUUUUUAAUAAAAUAGUCCGCCUUAUUAAAUUUUAUAAUUAUUUUGUUAGUUGCAU